UGGGUUCACACACCCUGUCAUUGCCCAUGGGGUGCUAGCACGUAGCUAAAUAUAAGCUGGGACCUGGGAACUAGUGUGAAGUACUUGAGGAAGCUCCUGGUCGUGCUUCUUCGAAGAUCACGAGAAUCUGCCCGAUAAGAUCCAACACCAUGAAGAGUGCGCUGCUGCUCGUGGUGCCUGUGCUCCUGCUGCUGGCCCUCCCGGCUAUCAGGGGCCGCUACAACGACGACUUUGAUGACAGUGAGGACCUGGCCGAGUUUGACGACAACGACUUCGCUGAGUUUGAGGACGUGAGCGAGGACCAGGGCACAGAGGCUGAGACAGCCCCUCCCCCGCCUCGGGCAGCGCCUUCAGCACCUGUCGACGAAGAGGACGAUGAUGAGGCCACCGUGGAAACAGAGGAUGGUCAGGAUGAGUUCUAUGAUGGGGACACGCAGGAUCAGGAGUACAGCAAGUACGACACUGAUGAGUUUGAGGGUUACGACACCAAGGCGAACCCCUCUUUCAAGGACAACACCCUCAUCUUGCGAGAGGUCCCAGCCCACCUGCAGAACAGCUGGGAGAGCUACUACAUGGAGAUCCUUAUGGUGACCGGCCUGCUGGCUUACAUCAUGAACUACAUCAUCGGCAAGAACAAGAACAGCCGCCUGGCGCACACCUGGUUUAACUCGCACCGUGAGCUGCUUGAGAAUAAUUUUGCCCUCGUAGGUGAUGACGGCACCAGUAAGGAGGCCACCAGCACAGGGAAGCUCAACCAGGAGAAUGAGCACAUCUACAACCUCUGGUGCUCUGGCCGUGUGUGCUGCGAAGGCAUGCUCAUCCAGCUCAAGUUCCUGAAGAGGCAGGACCUGCUGAACGUUCUGGCCAGAAUGAUGAGACCAGCCUGUGACCAAGUGCAAAUCAAAGUUACACUGAAUGAUGAGGAUAUGGACACGUUUGUCUAUGCCCUGGGCACCAAGAAGGCCAUGGCUCGCAUGCAGAAGGAGAUGCAGGACCUGAGCGAGUUCUGCAGCGACAAGCCCAAGUCGGGGGCGAAGUACGGCCUCCCUGACUCUCUGGCCAUCCUCUCAGAGAUGGGCGAAGUCACGGACGGCCUGAUGGACAGCAAGAUGGUACAUUACAUCACCAACCAUGCCGACAAGAUCGAGUCCAUCCAUUUCUCGGACCAAUUCUCUGGUCCAAAAGUUAUGCAAGAGGAGGGCCAGCCCUUAAAGCUGCCUGAGACUAAGAAGACGCUGCUGUUUACAUUUAAUGUGCCUGGGAUGGGUAAUACAUCUCCCAAAGACAUGGACUCAAUGCUGCCUCUGACAAACAUGGUGAUCUACAGCAUUGAUAAGAUCAAGAAACUCCGCCUAAACAGAGAGGGGAAGCAGAAAGCCGACAGGAACCGUGCACGCGUGGAGGAGAACUUCCUGAAGCAGACUCACGCCCAGAGGCAGGAGGCUGCUCAGACACGACGUGAGGAAAAGAAACGGGCCGAGAAAGAGCGGAUCAUGAACGAGGAGGAUCCCGAGAGACAGCGCCGCAUGGAGGAGGCUUCUCAGCGCCGUGAGCAAAAGAAGAUGGAGAAGAAGCAGAUGAAGAUGAAGCAGAUCAAAGUGAAAGCCAUGUGAAGGGGCACAAUGGCCCAUUACACACACAUAUAUACACACACAGAGAGAGAUGACUUCUUCCAUCCUUACCUUGUGAGGUGUGUGUAUGUGUGCACACACAUUUAUAUUCUGAAGUCUCCAACACACUCCUCUUUCUGGUUGAAUGUGCGCCUCUUCUACCUGCUGCAAAAGAUCUUCCAUAUCAUAGAGCUGUCACCUUGCCAGCAUGUGUCUGUCUCGUCCUGCUCUGAUUUGGUCUCUUCCUCUUCCUGUGGUCUGGGGUUGCUUAUAAGAAGCUCUUUGCAGCCGACAAGGGAGUGUUUUUAAUUGAAAGGUUGCACUUGUGAUAAAAUAGCUCGCCUUCUCCGCUCAACUACGCCCAUGACUGAAAUCUCUUUUUUUUUUUUUAGGUGAAUUGUAGGCAUGUUGGAGAUUUUUUUUUUUUUUUUUUUUUUUUUUUUUUUAAAACCAAGUUGUCAUGAUGGAAUGAUGUGUGUUUUUCAUGUUAAUUUAACGCUAAUGCAAGAUGCACUGCAUUUUUUAAUAGGACUCUGGCUUGAAUGGUUCUUUACUAAAAGCUUGGCGAGUAAUGCCAUUGCUUUUGAGGAAAGAACCAUGCAGUCAUGAGACCCUGUCAUGUUUGUGUUUGGCUUACACAAACCACAGAUCAAAUUAAAAAGAAGUUGUACACUGAAA